AUGACAAAACAAAAUAUCGAAAAAAUUCGUCAAAAAAAUCUUGAAGAAAAUCAACGUUUUCUUGAAAGUCUUCGUAUAAACAAGGUUCGAAAUGAUUUUGUUAAAUCAGCACGCUCAGCUAUUGGCAAAAAUGAAACUAAAAAGCACACUAAGAUUGAAGAUAAAAAAAUUGAACGUGUUACUCGAUAUAGUUUAAAAGUUCAAUCAGGUGAAAUUCCACCAUAUAUUCCUGAAUGGCAACAAAAAGCUCAACAGAAAAAGUCACAGAAUCCUUCAAAAUGGACUCUGUAUUAUAAGAAUACGACAAAUCCUUACGGACGAACGUUUAAACCACGAAUUCGAAAUUAA